UUAUUGGCAACCUGUUUUUUUGAUUAAUCUAUCAAAGUCGAGUGUCGGAUAAGUCAAAAGAUCGAUCUUUGCGGUAUCAUUAUCAAUUCUUUCCCUUUGAGAUCAAAAUCCCACUUCUUUCAACAUAAAAACUCCAAAGGAUUCUUUCGCAGUUUGGCUUCACUCUUACACUUUCACUACACUCACCUGUUUUCCAUCUUUGGAAUUCUCAGUCUCAGCUCAAACCUCAAACGUUUUAUACUACCUCUAGCCUCACUCUCAUCUCAUGGAACCUUCGGGAUACAACUGAGAAGCAAGUUCAAGUUUGUGUCCCCUAGCAUGAUGACUUCCACUUAACUUGGGUUGUAAGUGUAGGGUGAUUCAUGGAGCACCGGUUUCAGUUUCGCAAGCUUGGCCGCAGUAAAGCUCGAAGAUGGAUUUUUGUGGUGGUGUUAGUGGCUGUUACUCACUUGUUGUUUCAGUCUUUCCUGAUUCCAUAUGGGAAUGCCCUUCGCUCUCUGUUUCCUGACAGAGAAUUUCCAAGUAAUGUGAAAUAUAAUGUGCGUGGUACUGUUCACUCUUCCUCCAAGUCUACUAUGAUUCGAAACCCUCUUACAGUAUAUGUUUCAGACAACUUUGAUGCUGGAGGAGAACUGGGGUUUGGUACAAAAGAAAAGGGAAAUGACAUAUAUAAGCAGCUUAGUUUUAGCAUUGAAGAACAUGGCCUUGAUGGAACUUCUCGUAAUGUUCUGGAUAGAUUUGUAGAUAACAGUUUUCCAUCCAAGAAUUCUAGAGAUGUAAAUGCGGUGUCAGCACUGGUAAGCAUAAAAAAUGAGGAGAGUGAUCCUGUUGCAAUGGAUGAUGCUAGCAAAGAUCAGCCAGACUUCUCUGAAGAGCAGAUUAAGGAACAAAAUGCUGAAAUUCCUAAGGAGAAUGUUUUGGUGGAGAAUAUAAGUCUGAUGCGGGAAACAAUCGAUGAUGGCUCAGACACUCCUUUCAAACCUUCCAUGCUUGUAUCUUCUGCAUCAGCUUUAAUCAAUACAACAUAUUCAACUGCUUCAACAUCCAGCAAAAGCACUUCUUUGGCUUCUACUUCCAAUCAAAGUGAUACUCAAAUUUCAAAAAACAAGUCUGCAAUUGUGAGUAUCCCUGGAAAAAAGAAGAUGAGAUGUGACAUGCCCCCGAAGUCAAUAACCACAUUUCAGGAGAUGAACCACAUAUUAGUAAGGCAUCGUGCUAAAUCACGUUCAAUGAGACCAAGAUGGUCCUCUGUACGUGACCGUGAUAUUCUAGCUUUGAAGCCACAAAUUGAGCAUGCUCCUACAACAAAUGAUCGGGAGCUUUAUGCUCCUCUCUUUCGGAAUGUUUCCAUGUUCAAAAAGAGUUAUGAACUCAUGGAACGCACACUCAAAGUCUAUGUCUACAAAGAUGGCGAAAAACCUAUCUUCCAUCAGCCAAUACUGAAAGGAUUAUAUGCUUCAGAGGGAUGGUUUAUGAAACUGAUGGAGGGAAAUAGGCAGUUUGUGGUAAAGGACCCUCGGAGGGCUCAUCUGUUUUAUAUGCCAUUUAGUUCGCGAAUGCUAGAACACACCCUGUAUGUACGGAACUCUCACAAUCGAACUAACCUGCGCCAAUAUUUGAAGGAGUACUCAGAAAAAAUAGCUGCGAAGUAUCCUUACUUCAAUAGAACUGGUGGAGCAGAUCAUUUUCUUGUUGCAUGCCAUGACUGGGCUCCAUAUGAAACAAGGCACCACAUGGAGCGUUGUAUGAAGGCCCUUUGCAAUGCUGAUGUAACUGCGGGCUUCAAAAUCGGAAGAGAUGUAUCUCUUCCUGAAACAUAUGUCCGGUCAGCAAGGAAUCCUCUAAGAGAUCUUGGUGGAAAGCCUCCAUCCCAAAGGCACAUUCUUGCCUUCUAUGCAGGGAGCAUGCAUGGCUAUUUACGUCCCAACUUGUUGAAGUAUUGGAAGGAUAAAGAUCCUGAUAUGAAGAUAUCUGGUCCAAUGCCUCCUGGCGUUGCAAGCAAAAUGAACUACAUCCAACACAUGAAAAGCAGCAAAUACUGUAUCUGCCCCAAGGGUUAUGAAGUGAACAGCCCAAGGGUCGUCGAAGCCAUCUUUUAUGAAUGUGUUCCAGUGAUCAUAUCUGACAAUUUUGUGCCUCCAUUUUUUGAUGUCUUGAAUUGGGAAGCAUUCUCUGUAGUUCUUGCUGAGAAAGACAUUCCAAGGUUGAAAGGCAUUUUACUUGCAAUACCGAAAGACAAGUAUCUCGAGAUGCAACUUGCGGUCAGGAAAGCUCAGAAGCAUUUUCUAUGGCAUGCUAAGCCCAUGAAGUAUGAUCUCUUCCAUAUGACCCUUCAUUCUAUUUGGUACAAUAGAGUUUUUCAGAUAAAACCCAGAUAAAAUAACGAGUAUGAUAGCCUUUCAGAGCCAGCUAGCUCUAAGAAACUGAAGAACUCGAUAAAAAUGUAAAGAAAUGCUAGCCCAUGAAAGUUUUUUUUUCUUUUUUCUUUUGUAUAAUGUCUGCCUUCUGAUUGUGUAUCUGUUGAUUUUGGUGAUUGGUGGAGGUUUCUGUACAUAUGUUGUUGUACCAUUCUCAAUCGAUUUUGUGAAACUAAUAUAAAUAUAACUGUUACCUGUUGUAAUGUCAGGAAUCAUGACUCUUUCUCUGGAUUACUCAA